CUCAUGGGAGACAUAAGCCACUUGCGAGCUCUACAGCGAAGAACAAUUCAUCACGAUCAUGAUAUCCAAGGUUCUUGCUGUGGCGGCUGUGCUCGCUCUUCCGGCCAGUGGGCAGUACGGCUGUGGGUACGGCGACUGGGGGUGCCAGAGCGCGUCUCCCCUCGCGCUCGCACCUGGUGCUCCGUUUCCUACCGUCCAGCCGUUCCUGUACCGGUAUCUUCCGUCGGGGUGGAGCUACCCGCACCCCGCAGCGGCGCCUGUGGACGCCGUCAGUGUUGCCACCUCCUCCUCCUCCGGCUCUGCCGACGCUGACGGCGUCUCCACCGGGUCAUCAUCCUCAUCGGUCAGCUCGUCUUCGGGCGGGGACAUCGAGGGCGUCCCCUCGUCUUCUUCCUCGUCGUCGUCGUCGGCGGCGGCUUCCGCGGGCGCGUCCGUAUCAGACCCCGGCGCGUCUUUCUCCUUCGCGGAGCUGGCGUUUCGCGCGGCGCCGGACGAACCCGUCGUCGUCUCUCAGGCUCUGACCGCCGCGCCCUCUUGCGACGGACUAGGUUCGGCGGGGACCUCAUCGUCGUCCGCGUCCAGUGGCGGCAGCGAGGGUUCGUCUGCGUCUUCUUCGUCUUCUUCUUCCUCUUCCUCUUCGUCGUCCGCGUCCUCGGGUGCGCACGAACCCGCGUACGGACCUUUCUUCGCGCACGCGUUCCCUUUCGCACCAAUCGCACCGACGUAUCCUGCACAGCAUUUUACCCCUGCAAUCUCCAUGUCGCCGGUUGCACCGACAUUCCCUGUCGCUCGUGUAGUCCCAAUUGCACCUCAUCCCAGCUUCGACGCCGUCGGUGGAUAUGGGGUCGGUGACCACUGGAGGGGAUACGGCCGACCUUGGUCAGGUUUCGUAAACCACCUGUGACACCGCUGCCGCGUCUGUAAAUUGUCGGCAUCGCUGACGGAACGGUCGGAAUCUUCCGAUACCCUGAUAAUCAACGGCGGUGUUUUUUUGUGUGGAAGAACGGGUUUUCUUCAGCGAAUAAUUGGCUGAAUGUUUCCUUGUUUGAGGAAGAAAGAAGUUUAAAGUGAACUCAAAAGUAUGGUGCACUCCAAAGAGACGUGGAAUGUAAAAAUUUUGUUUUGUUACUUUUUUAUAUUAUGAUGCUCAUUAAAUGUAAAUAAAAAGCGAGUAACAUUUA